AUGCUGAAAUCAUAAAAUUACUUCUUAGUUGCAGUAACAGCUAUUUUAAACCUCGUGGAAUGCAAUAGAAUAGCAGAAAUUUCAAAUUUAAAUGAAGUUUCAUUCCACCGAUAAUCUCAUGGGAUUAAAGAUUUUGAUCAAGAAGUGUCAUACCAAGAGAAAUUUAUUCAGCCAUUACUCAGCGAUCAUCUUGCAAUAGCUAGAUCAGCCUAAGAUUAUGUUAACACCAUGAUUAAUUUAAGGGUUACAAAGAGAUUGCUACAAGGCUAUAAUUAUGGAAAUCUUAGCGGUUACGGUGACUUUAAUGGAUAUGGUGACUUAAAUAAUUUUGACUUUAGUAGUCUUGGAAACUUAGGGAAUCUAGGCGGGCUUGAUCUAUCUAGUCUAGACGACUUAAGUCAAUACAACAUUACUGCAGAAGAUUUAAUGAACAUUAAUACUCCUGCUGAUUUUGAAAAACUUAUGAGUAAAGUAAAGGAGUUUGCCAGGUUGAGGGAGCGAAAUGAUUUCUAUUCAACAUAUAAAAACUCAUUCUUCACUGUGAAUAAGUGCAUCUCCUACAUUGGAGAGUAGCUAUCUAUGGUAAAUACUAAAUCACUAUCUUAAAAAGAUGUAAAUAUCAACGCCAUCCCAAAGAGUCUAAUAAACUAGCUUAAAGCCUUCUUCAAAACCUUUAAGAUUGCUUACAAGGCUAAGUUUGGAGAAGACAUUAUAACCUCUACUGAUCUUGAUAAUGAUAUGGAAGUUAUAACUCUUUUCCUCCAAGGAGGAAUGAAUAGUGUAACUGAUCUCGAAGAAGCUGACUCUAAAAAUGCCUCUGAUGACAAGAAGCUUUGGAUAAUUGCAGCAAUAAUCAUCCCUAUCGUCUUACUUAGUGUUAUCAUCAUUCUUAUCUGUGUCUUUGCUUGUUGUACCAAGGUUAAAAAAGUUAAUGGGUAAGAUAAAAGAGUUUGCAGAAAAGCUACUAAAAAUGGAAAAUGCAUGAAAAAAUUCUUUAAAAGUGACAGUAACAACAAAAACAAAAUUCAUUCGCACUAGUAAAAUCAUGGCAAGGUUCAUCAUAAUACAAAUUAAGUUGAUGAUUAAAAGAUUCACAAUGGUCCAAAUGUUUAUAGUCAAGUACAAAAUACAAAUAGUUCGGUCCUCUAUGGAAAUAAUGGAUAUUAGCAUUAAAACUUUGAUAACUCACACUUAAGCAUGGGUAUCCCAGUUGUUGAUACUUCUGUUAAUAAUGGAUAUAUGGUUAACAAUCAAUAUCCUAAUUAGCAGCAAAUGGCACCACCUUAAAUGAUGUAUGAUUAACAUCAGCAAUUUUAAGUUGGAUAAGUGGGCUACUAAAAUUACCCUCCCUAACAAUAAUUAUAUCCACCUCAAAUGAAUGUAGUUCCUGGGUCUACUUGGCAAUGA